AUGAAUUUCAGAAGAGAAAACAUCGAAUUUUUCGGAAAAGAUAAUGUUAUAUUACGUGGUUGGCUUUAUUGUCCAUCAUCAUCAUCAUCAUCAUCAUCGAGUCAAAGUGCAAUCGUAAUGACACAUGGAUUUUCAGGUUUAAAAGAAAUGGGUCUAGAUGAAUUUGCACGAACAUUUUGUUGUGAUGGAAAUUUUUAUGUUCUUGUUUAUGAUCAUCAAACAUUUGGUUCAAGUGAUGGACAACCUCGACAUGAUAUUAAUCCAUAUAGUCAAAUCGAUGAUUAUAGUUAUGCAAUGAAUUAUCUAGAAAAUCGAUUAAAUAAUAAGAAUAUAUCAAUUGGUAUUUGGGGUACAUCUUAUUCUGGUGGACAUGUUUUUGUUGUUGGUAAACGUGAGAAACGAAGAAUCAAAUGUAUUGUAUCACAAGUACCAACAAUAAGUGGAAAAAAUAAUUUAGCACGACGUCCACAGUGGCAAAAAAUACUUGCUGAAGAUCAGCAUUGUUUAUAUGAAAAUCGAGAAUAUAUUCCAAUAGUAAAUCAAGCUAAUGAAAAUAUGGAUUUAUCAAAUAGUUUUUAUCAUUUUUUCGUUGAUAAAUAUAAUUGUAACGAAUGGAUAAAUCAUAUGACACGUCGUUCUAUACAUUUAUAUAGUCAGUAUGAGCCAUGGAAAAGUCUUAUAGAUUUAUCUCCUAUUCCAUUGUUGAUGAUUGUUGCUAAACAGGAUACAAUUACAUCGACUGAAGAUCAGAUUGAUGCAUAUGAGAAACAAGUUUUAGAACCUAAACGUUUAGUUUUAGUUGACGGUGGACAUUUUUCCGUUUAUCCAAAUGAGCAAUCUUUUGAAAUCGUCGUCAAAGAAGCACUUGAUUGGUUUAUAAAAUAUUUAAAAUAA